GCCGGGCGGCAGCAGGAUGGGGCUGGAGCUGUACCUGGACCUGCUCUCGCAGCCCUGCCGCUCCAUCUACAUCUUCGCUCGGAGCAACAACAUCCCGUUCGAGUUCAAGCACGUGGAGCUCUUCAAAGACUCGGUGCUGGGGAAGAGGCCGGCGGCGGGGAGCGGCGCGGAGCAGCCCCAUGCAGGGCCAUCAAGCAGUGAAGGAGCUGGCAAAGUCAUCCUCCUGAAGAAGGUACCAGCACUGAAGGACGGAGACUUCACCCUAGCAGAAUGCACAGCCAUCCUGCUGUACCUGAGUCGAAAGUACAACACUCCUGACCACUGGUACCCAGCAGACAUCCAGAAGAGGGCCCAGGUGGACGAAUACCUCUCAUGGCAUCAUGCUAACAUCCGGGCUAGUGCUCCUAAGACCAUGUGGAUCAAGGUGCUGAUUCCCCUCUUCACAGGGCAGCCACUGCCCUCUGAGAAGCUGCAGGAGGUUAUGGAAGGGCUCUCCAGCUCCCUGGAGCAAUUUGAGAAAAGGUUUCUGCAGGACAAGGCUUUUAUCAUCGGGAAUGAGAUCUCCCUGGCAGAUCUUGUGGCCAUUGUGGAGCUGAUGCAACCUGUUGGAGUUGGUUGUGACAUCUUUGAAGACAGACCAAGGCUGCUGGAGUGGCGCAGGCGGGUGGAGGACGCUGUGGGGAGAGAGCUUUUCUUCCAAGCCCAUGAGAUGCUCCUCAAUAUCAAAGAACUGAGCAACAUUCAAAUUGAUCCACAACUGAAAGAGCACCUAGCACCUUUGCUGAUGAAGAUGUUGAAAUGAAUUAAGCUAUCUUAGCAUUUUUUGCUGCCCCUUGGGUUUCUUUAA